CAUUGGUUUAGCAGUGUAAGGUGGUUUGAUGCUUUUGGUUAGGUGUGUCUUCAGCUGCUUCUUGAAUGAUGCAAUGGUCUCAGCCACAGGCGCCGAAUGGUCAAGCACCCACGGAAAAACUCGAGUUCCCUUUCAGUCAUUCACGUGUUUAACAUUACCUCUUUUGACGAAUGAGGUCUCGCCCGAGAGCCCAAUUACCUUCGAGUGGUAACAAAACAAACCAAAGGUAUGCUGAGUACCUUGGUCUGCAGAAUUUGCAUCGCAAUUUCUGCCCUGCUCUGUGAUUAUAUAAGGAGCAGUGUGAGAAUUAUCGCAUUCAAGUUUUCACUUCGUAGCUGAGCACUUCAUUGUUGCUGUGCUUUCACCAGAGUGUGUGUAACUACGAGUCUUCAGUGGUGUUGGUGUGACGCUGUGGUUCAGCGGAGAUCGUUUAAAGAGCUUCCUGCUUCUGUUCCAGCUCUGCGUCUCCCCUGGGUGCUUCAACAUUGCUGAAAGAGCUUUUUUUCUCUCUCUAAAAAGAGCAUACACGGGUUGAGUUUGCAUCUUUCUAAAGAUGUCAUUCCGCCCGUGUGUUUCUGGGUGUGGUCGAUAUAUGGCACCGUCGGACUGUCGCAAGCGCUGUCUCAGGUGUCUGGGCUUUUAGAAUGCUUAGGCUGCGUUCGUGGAUGACUCAUGUUCCCACUGCGUGGAACAUGACCAUCGCGGUGUUAAGAUCGAGACUCGAUUACCUCAAAUGAGGUAGAGUCCCCUCUGCCACACCCCAAUCUAGUUCCUCUUCUCAUGAGAGGGCUAAUUUGGCUGGUGGCCAGGGUGAUCUGAGGGUGACUGUUUGGGCUUCCCCGACGAGUCGGCCUCCUCGGGCCACACCCCCACGCAAACACCGCAAGCUGUAGAGCUUCCAGCUGAGUUUGUUGGUCCCUCUCAUCAGGAUCCCAGCAUCUCAUUCGGGGCUCCAGCGGAUGACAAGAUGUCGAUUGCUGCAUCACUAGGAGGGCUUGAGUCCUCAGGAGAUGAGGAUUCGGCUGCUUUGCCUCAUUCUGGGAUGCCAGUGUUGCCUGAGUCUGAUCCUGAGCUGACGGCCAUGCUUUCCCAGGUACCUGAGAGCAUCAGGCUCCACAUCAGUGUCCCAAGCACUCGAGGCUGGACAAUUGGUUCCUUCGGGCUGCACAUGCUGAUUGCAAGUGCUCCCCACUGGUUCCUUUCUUCCCGGAGGUGCCUCAGGAAGUCACCAGUUUGUGAAAGGCACCUUUAACUGCCCGAAACCAUUUUGGGGCUGCCUCUGCUUCUGGGAAAGGCUUACAGAGCUGCAGGUCAGGCAGUUUCCACAUUGUAUGCCAUGGCCAUCCUGCAAGUACAUCAGACAAAGGUGCUUAAACAGUUGCACGAGGGCAGUGCUGACCAAGGACUCAUGCAGGAGGUGCACACUGCUACCGACCUCACUCUACAGGAGAUAAAGGUAACUGUGCGGUCCCUUGGUCAGGUGAUGUCCACUUUGGUGGUCCAGGAGUGCCACCUAUGGCUAAACCUGGCAGACAUGAGGGAGUCUGAUUGAACUCAGCUCCUCAAUUGCCCAGUCUCCCAGGCUGGCCUCUUGGGUGAUGCGGUAGAGAGUUUUGCCCAGAAAUUCUUGGCUGCCCAGAAGCAAUCUGAGGCCAUCAAACAUAUUCUGCCCCGGCACAGAGGGUGCCCCCUGCUGCCUCUCCACUCCCACCCAGCCACAACAGCAGCCUCCACCCAAGCCGCAGUGAGGAGAUGGCCGUAGGAAGGUGCCCAACACUUCAGAGAUGCCCAGGUAGACCUGUUUGCCUCUCUAGACUCUACCUACUGCCAGUUGUUUUACUCCCUGACCUAGGGCAUCCUCGGCAUGGAUGCGCUGGCACACAGCUGGCCGCAAGGUCUACUCAAGUAUACAUUUCCCUCAGUGAGCCUUCUCGCACAGACAAGAUCAGGGAGGAUGAGGAGCAGGUCCUCAUGGUUGCACCCUAUUGGCCCAGCCGGACCUGGUUCCCUAAACUUGUAUUCCUCACCACAGCCACUCCCUGGCCUAUUCCUCUGAGAAUCUCUGAGGUCUUUCACCUUCUUUCUCAGAGAGGGGGCACUCUCUGGCACCCACGUUCUGAUCUUUUGGAACUUUUGGGCCUGAUCAUCAGAUUCCUGGGGGGCUAGCUCUUGGGACCUCACAGUGGUUCUAUUAGCACUGCAGAGAGCUCCCUUCAAGCCUUUGCUCUCAGUCGAGCUGAAGUUUCUUUUAAAACUGUGCUCCUGACGGCUUUGACCUCUGACCAGCUCUUUGUUUGUUACGGACACCAGAAGAAGGGAAAGGCUGUUUCCAAGCAAAGGUUGUCCCACUGGAUAGUGGAUGCUAUAGUCUUGGCUUAUGAGGUUCAAGACCUGCCAUGCCCCCUAUAGGUGAAAGCUCACUCAGCCAGGAGUGUUGCUGCCUUCUGGGUACCGGCGCAUGGCGCCUCACUAACAGAUAUUCCAAGAUUCUAUUAUCUCCGUGUAGAGCCCAUGUCCUCCCGUAUACUCGCCUCUUCGGGCCAGUAAGUAGGACCUGCUCGGUGUCAAUUCGUUUGCUGCCCCAUUCCACUCCACGGACUGGAUGCUUGCGCUUUUCUCCUCAGAGAUGUCAGCCUGAGCAGCUGAAGAUGAAGGAACAACAAAAAAAAGAAGCAGAGAAACAGGGUGAAGAUCUCAUUAAAGAGCUGCAGCAGGAAAUCACUGAGCUGAAGAAGAGAGACACUGAGCAGGAGAAGAGAAACACUGAGCUGGAGAAGAGAAACACUGGACUGGAGAAGAGAAACACUGAGCAGGAGAAGAGAAACACUGAGCAGGAGAAGAGGAACACUGAGCUGGAGAAGAGGAACACUGAGUUGGAGAAGAGGAACACUGAGUUGGAGAAGAGGAACACUGAGCUGGAGAAGAGGAACACUGAGCAGAAGAAGAGAAACACUGAGCAGAAGAAGAGAAACUCUGAGCUCUCACACACUGAUGAUCAUCUCCACCUCAUUCAGAUGUACCUGAACACCCUUUCACACAGUAAUGACUCUGAUGUGAACUCUCUGAAAAGAGCUCUGACUGAACUGAAGGAACAGCUAAAAGAAAAACUCACUCAAACUGAGUUGAAGUUUGUGCAGAAGUUUGCAGUGGAUGUGACUCUGGAUCCUGAUACAGCCUAUCCAUAUCUCAUCCUGUCUGAUGAUGGAAAACAAGUCAGUCAUGGAGACAUUAUGCAGGACUUCCCAGAAAACCUAAAGAGAUUUUAUGUCUGGUUUUGUGUUCUGGCAAAGCAGGGAUUCAGUUCAGGGAGAUUUUACUAUGAGGUGCAGGUGAAGGGAAAGACUCAGUGGGAAUUAGGAGUGGCCAGAGAAUCCAUUAACAGGAAGGAGAUCUGGCUGAGUCCUGAUAAUGGAUUCUGGACUGUGACUCAUUGGAAUGAGAAUCAAUAUGCGGCUCGUGAAAGUCCAUCUGUCUAUUUAUCUCUGAGAGUGAAACCUGAGAAGGUGGGAGUGUUUGUGGAUUAUGAGGAGGGUCUGGUCUCUUUUUAUGACGUGGACUCCAGAUCUCAUAUCUACUCUUUCACUGGUCAGACUUUCACUGAGAAACUCUAUCCAUAUUUUAACCCAUUCCCUAAUGAUAAAGGUAAAAACUCAAAGCCACUGAUCAUCACACCUGUCAACUGAAACAAACAAAAAACAUCAAAUAUGAAAAGAUUAAAUAUGAAUUUGCACAAUCAAGUAUAUUUUACUUACAAACAUAAAGAAAAUUAAAAUGUGACACAAGUGCAAAAAACAAAUAUAUAUUCAGGCCCUUAGAAAAAAUCAGUCACUGACAAAACAUGAACAAUAAUGAAAUAUUUUAGAGUUAUAUGUACAUGUAAAUGGCCAAUUUGUUAAACAUCUAUAUAUUUCUUUUUGUUUUUCAUUAAUACUUUGAUUUUCAAAUCUAUAUGAAAUUGUUUCUACAUGAUAUUUUUGAAGCCAUUUUCUCUCUCCUCUCCAGCUGUUAAUAUUGAAUUACUAGUGAAAUAUUGUGAUUUUUGGUUUAUAUUGUAAUAUCUGAAUAAAGACAAGAGUUCAGUUCUAUAACUGAUACUGAUUGUAAACUAAAUUGUUUGCUAAUAAAUAUAUAAAUACACAUUGGAGAAUGAUUUGAGUUCAUGAACAUCUGCUCACAGAAACAACAGACAGAAUAUGAAUAAAAGAAAAAAUAAAAGAAAAUGAUCAAA